AUGCCGCCCGAGAAACCAACCAACGAGAAGGACAAGAGCAAGGUGCACAAGCUGUCGCUCAAGGGCAGCUCCAGGCUCGUCGCCGAAUUUGUGAGCAUUGCGUUGCGCCGCCUGCCCUUCAUCACUGAAGCUAACCGUGCAACCAGUUCCAAUAUUCUAUCCAUACGAUUCUGUACGAGCGAACCAAGCACGCAAAGUGCGACAAAGGCUGAUAGAAGCAAUAGAUUCCAGCGAGGCGUAUAUCCAGCAGAAGACUUUACUGCCGUCAAGAAAUAUGGCCUGAAUAUGUUAGUCUCGUCGGACGACCAAGUAAAAGCAUACAUCAAGAAGAUCAUGUCCCAGCUCGACAAGUGGAUGGUGGGCGGCAAGAUUUCGCGCCUCGUCAUCGUCAUCACCGACAAGGACACCGGCGAACACGUCGAGCGCUGGCAGUUCAACGUGGACAUCACCACCCCGCCCAAGCGAUCCAAGUCUGCUGCUGCUGCGGCCACCGCCGGCGCGAAUCAAGAGAAUACCGCGGGCGGUGCUGCCGCCGCGCCCGCGCCGGAAAAGACGGAGCCGGAGAUCCAGGCCGAGAUUGCGGCCAUUUUCCGCCAAAUCACCGCGUCCGUCACCUUUUUGCCGCAGCUGAGCGGCGACUGCACCUUUAACGUGCUCGUCUACGCCGACGCCGACAGCGAUGUCCCCGUCGAGUGGGGGGACUCGGACGCCAAGGAGAUUGAGAAUGGCGAGCGCGUGCAGCUGCGCGGAUUCAGCACGGCCAAUCAUCGUGUUGACACGCUCGUUAGCUAUCGAUUGGGUGACUAG